AUGGCGACGCAAGUUGGGCCGCCUAUUUUUGACGAAGGGGACGACAAGUGGGACGCAUAUCAGGUGCGAUUAGAAGCUUUUUUCGAAGCCCACGAGAUUGUCGAUCCGAAGAAGCGUCGGGCCUUACUUGUUGCCGCCCUUAGUACGAAGACUGCAGAUCUCCUGGCAGGCCGUUGUGCGCCUAACAGAAUUCAGGAUCUGACGUACGAAGCAGCAGUUCAAAAACUGGCCGAGUAUUUUGCACCGAAAGGCAACGAGAUAGCGGAGUCUUAUCAGUUUUUCACAAGGAAUCAGCUAGCUGACGAGUCGACAAGCGACUUCAUUGUCGAGCUACGGAAAAUGGCUAACAGGUGCAAUUUUGUCCAGGCGCUAGAGAGAAUGCUGCGUGACAGGCUUGUCUGCGGUCUACGGGAUGCUGGAGUGCGUCGUAAUCUGCUAGCAAGGCACACGCUCACACUGCAGGAAGCAGAGGAUGUGGCGCUAGCCGCUGAGAUGGCUGCACGCAACGUACAACAGAUGGGAGAUGGGCCAAUCAGAGAGGGCGUCCACGCAGUGCGAACGAAGCAAGAGCGGCAGAAGUUCUCCAGAAGACCACAGCCAGACAGGAUGAAAAAUUCGAACAAUGAAGUACAGACCGGCUGCCUUUGCUGCGGAAGCGACACCCACAAGACCGCCAAAUGCAGGUUCCGCCGCUUUGAGUGUUUCUCUUGUCGGAAGAGGGGACACCUGGCUUCAAUGUGCAAUUCCAAGCCACACCAAGAAAACGUAGCUCACUGUGAGGAACCAUCCUCGGACAGCGAGGACUACGGACAGUUCCUGUUACACCUCCGUGAGUCGUCGACAGGACUGGUUCGGCCGAUAUGGCAAACGUUUCAAUGGAAAGGGGUGCCUGUGAAGAUGCAAGUGGACACAGGGUCACCAGUGUCAAUAGUGACAUGGCCAACUUAUGCCCAGCAUCGCCACCGCUGGCCCAGGCUCGACAAGUCGUCGUUGCAACUGAGUUGCUUCCUAGGGAGACUACCAGUUAAAGGGCAGCUGAAAAUUCCUGUCACCUACGAUGGAAAAACCGCCAACGCGACGCUAGUAGUGCUCGGCUGCUCAGGCCCAAACCUGUGUGGGCGAGACAUCAUUCAAGCAUUCCAGCUGACUGGAGGCUCAGUGCUCAACGUGGACGUCAACGACGGUAAGCCGCCAGCUCCUGACCAAAUUGCCAUUGCUGAUACGCUGAGGGCGGAAUAUGCCGAUUUGUUUUCGCCAGGGCUAGGAUUAAUCAAGGGGCCUCCGGUUCAUCUACAGUUACGUGAAGGAACCAUACCGCGAUUCUGCAAGGCCCGUUCUAUACCGUACGCACUACAAGAGCCUGUAAAUACAGAAAUCGCAAAGUUGGCUGACACGGGCAUACUGACGCAGGUCGCCAGCGCCGAGUGGGCUGCGCCACUCGUUCCCGUCGUCAAGGACGGCUCCAUCCGCUUGUGUGGCGAUUUUAGAACGACAGUCAACACAGCAUGCCACACGGAACAAUAUCCGCUGCCAAAGAUAAGGGACAUAUUUGCGAAGCUCAGCGGAGGCGAAGUAUUCAGUACAAUAGAUUUGAAGGAUGCAUACAACCAGCUACCAAUAGAUGACGCGACAAAGAAGCUGCUGGUAGUAAACACGCCAAAAGGGUUGUAUAGCUUCAACCGGCUGCCGUUUGGGGUGGCGUCGGCACCGGCAGUUUUUCAGAAGCGAAUGGAAGCACUGUUGCAAGGGCUACCGGGUGUGCAAGUGUACUUAGACGAUGUGGUGGUCGCCGAGAAAAGAGGAAAUUGUGACACGUUGCGCAAAGUGUUCCAGCGGUUCAGGGAAGCCGGUGUUAAACUUCACCCGCUCAAAUGCAGAUUCCGAGCACUUCCACGCAGACAUUCGCCCGGACAACCGGUGUGGUGCAAGGACUAUAGGGCAGGUGCGAGCUGGAGACCCGGAGUGAUACAGAAUACCAGGGGCGUCCGCCUGAGCACAGUCAAGACGGAGGAUGGGGAACUAUGUGAGCGUCAUGAAGAUCAGCUACGGCACCGCGCGGAUGCUCAGCAACCAACAUCGCUGGAUGAGGAAGGCGCUGAAAGGAACGGAGGAUUAGCCCCACCAAACGAAGAUGCAGACCCUCUGGUGGGCUUUUCGGGUACCAGCCCCAAUUCCUCGGCUAGCGAAGAGCACGAAACGGGAGCUGCCAACACUGGAGUCCCGGAAGAGCACGACACGGGUACUGCCAAUGCUGGACCUCUGGCAGUUCCAAUUCGCAGAUCAACCCGGCGUCGCAAGGCGCCAGACCGUUUCCAGAGCUCCUCCUAA